AUGCGUCUUCCUAUCCUUGUACUCGCUCUUAUAUGCACAGCAGCGGCACUGACAUGCUAUGAAGGGACAUUGGAAGGCCUCUCAAACAAUACCAGAACGGAGGAGAAACACUGUAGCGGUAUCUCGAACUACUGUGUCCAGAAGAUUGACAAGAGAAAGAACCAAAUUCGUCGUGAGUGCAGCUCCUUUGUUGAUGAGCACAAUAUGGAAGAAAAAUGUCCGAUGAGUGGAUGUCACUGGCAAUCAAAAUAUGAAACUUUCUGUUGCUGUCAGUUCGACCAUUGCAACGAAUGGAAAUCGGAGUAG